AUGAAUUACUCCUCAUUCCUUCGGAUCUGGGUUUCUUUCAUCUUCGCGCUGAUACAGCACCGAGCUCAGCCCAGGGAGCUUAUGUACCCAUUUUGGCAGAAUGACACCAAAACCCCCAAAGUAGACGACGGAAGCUCCCCCGAGAUCAAGCUGGCCAUCCCCAUCUUCUUCUUCGGCGUGCCUUACCGCACUGUCUAUGUCAAUAACAACGGCGUUGUCUCCUUCAACGUGCUGGUGAGCCAGUUCACACCCGAGUCCUUCCCCUUGACGGACGGGAGGGCCUUCAUCGCCCCGUUUUGGGCAGACGUGCACAACGGGAUCCGAGGCGAGAUCUACUACAGAGAGACCAUGGACCCUGCCAUCCUGACAAGAGCCACCAAGGACAUCAGGAAGCACUUCAAGGACAUGGCAGCCUUCUCGGCCACGUGGGUCUUCAUUGUGACCUGGGAGGAAGUCACGUUUUACGGAGGGAGCAGCACCACGCCCGUGAACACCUUCCAGGCCGUCCUGGUGUCUGAUGGCUCUCACACAUUCACGCUCUUCAAUUACUAUGAAAUCAACUGGACCACGGGGACAGCAAGCGGCGGGGACCCCCUGACAGGUCUUGGGGGAGUGAUGGCACAGGCAGGAUUUAACGGUGGGAACCUCAGCAACUUCUUCAGCCUCCCGGGGUCCAGAACCCCCGACAUUGUGAACAUCCAGGAGACCACCAACGUCAACGUUCCCGGCCGCUGGGCGUUCAAAGUGGAUGGGAAAGAGAUUGACCCGGCCAAUGGCUGCACCUCCAGAGGGCAGUUCCUGCGGCGAGGGGAGGUGUUCUGGGAGGACCUCAACUGCACCAUCAAGUGCCGCUGCCUGGACUUCAACAAUGAGAUCUACUGCCAGGAGGCCGCUUGCAGCCCCUAUGAGGUGUGCGAGCCCAAAGGCAAGUUCUCCUCCUGCAGCCCCGUGGAGACCGGCACCUGCGUGGUGUUCGGGGAGCCGCACUACCGCACCUUCGACGGCUUCGUCUUCCAUUUCCAGGGCUCCUGCGCCUACCUUCUGGCCCGGCACUGCGUGCGGGCGGCCCACCUCCCCUUCUUCAGCGUGGAGGCCAAGAAUGAGCGCCGGGCCGGCAAGGCCGUCUCCACGCUGAGGGAGCUCUCCGUGGAGGUGAACGGCUACAAGAUCCUCAUCCCCAAAGGGAGCUACGGGAAAGUCAAGGUGAAUGAUCUAGUGACUUCUUUGCCCAUCACCUUAGACUUGGGGGCUGUGAAAAUCUACCAGAGCGGCAUGUCCACUGCAGUGGAAACAGAUUUUGGGCUCUUAGUGACGUUUGAUGGCCAGCACUACGCCUCCAUCUCCAUCCCGGGCUCCUACACCAACUCCACGUGCGGGCUUUGUGGGAACUACAACAAGAACCCACUGGACGACUUCCUCCGCCCGGACGGUAGGCCGGCCAUGUCUGUGCUGGAUCUGGGAGAGAGCUGGCGGGUCUACCAUGCUGAGUGGCUAUGUGACUCGGGCUGCGUGGACAACUGCACCCAGUGCGACACGGCCACAGAGGCCCUGUACUUCGGCCCCGACUACUGCGGCUUCCUCAACAAGACAGACGGGCCCCUGUGGGAGUGCGGCACCGUGGUGGACCCCACAGCCUUCGUGCACAGCUGCGUGUAUGACCUAUGCAGCGUGAGGGACAAUGGGACUCUCCUCUGCCAAGCCAUCCAGGCCUAUGCCCUCGUGUGCCAAGCCCUUGGCAUUCCAAUCGGAGACUGGCGCCUCCAGACUGGGUGUGUAUCCACGGUGCAGUGCCCCAGCUUCAGCCACUACUCUGUGUGCACCAGCAGCUGCCCGGACACGUGCGCAGACCUCACGGCCUCGCAGACCUGUGCCACGCCCUGCACAGAGGGCUGUGAGUGCAAUGAUGGCUUCGUCCUCAGUGCCAGCCAGUGCGUCCCGCUGCACGAGUGCGGCUGCGACUUCGACGGCCGCUACUACACUCUGGGGGAGUUCUUCUGGGCCACCGCCAACUGCACGGUGCAGUGCCUGUGCGAGGAGGGUGGCGACGUGUACUGCUUCAACCGGACCUGCCGUGUCGACGAGGUGUGCACCGUGGAGCAGGGCCACCGCGGCUGCUUCCCCCGGCGCGAGACUGUGUGCCUGCUCAGCCAGAACCAGGUGCUGCACACCUUCGACGGUGCCGCCUUCGCCUUCCCCGCCGAGUUCUCCUACACGGUGCUCAGGACCUGCCCCGAGCAGCCCGAGUACUUGGAGAUCGACAUCAACAAGAAGAAGCCCGACGGAGGGCCUGCCGGGCUGCGAGGCCUCCGGAUCCUGGUGGCCAACCAGGAGGUCAAGAUCGGAGGGGUCGGGGCCUCGGAAGUCAAGGUGAACGGCCAGGAGGUGGAACUGCCUUUCUUCCACCUCUCGGGGAAGCUGGAGGUUCACCGGACCCAGAACAGCACCACGGUGGAGUCCAAGGGCGUGGUGAGCGUGCAGUACUGGGCCUCGGGGCUGCUGUACGUGCGCCUGUCCACCGUCUACUUCAACUGCACCGGAGGCCUGUGCGGCUUCUUCAACGCCAACGCCAGCGACGAGUUCUGCCUCCCCAACGGCAAGUGCACGGACAACCUGGCCGUGUUCCUGGAGAGCUGGACCACCUUCGAGGAGAUCUGCAACGGCGAGUGCGGGGACCUGCUCAAGGCCUGCGGCAACGACUCGGAGCUGCUCAAGCUCUACCGCAGCCGCGCGCGCUGCGGCGUCAUCAACGACCCGUCCAACAGCUCGUUCCUGGAGUGCCACGGCGUGGUCAACGCCACCGCCUACUACCGCACCUGCCUCUUCCGCCUCAAGCUCUAUACAAUGAGCCAAACUGCUCUGGACUGCCCGGAGAACAGCCACUUUGAGGAAUGCAUGACCUGUACAGAGACCUGCGAAACACUGGCCCUGGGCCCCAUCUGUGUAGACAGCUGCUCAGAGGGGUGUCAGUGCGACGAGGGCUAUGCCCUGCAAGGCACCCAGUGUGUUGCCCGGAGCGAGUGUGGCUGCAACUUUGAGGGGCACCAACUUGCCACAAACCAGACCUUCUGGGUGGACCUGGACUGUCAGAUCUUCUGCUACUGCAACGGCACAGACAACAGCGUCCACUGCGAGACCGUCCCCUGCAAGGAUGAUGAGUACUGCAUGGAGGAGGGCGGCCUGCACUACUGCCAGCCCCGCACUGAUGCCUCCUGCAUCGUCUCAGGCUAUGGCCACUACCUGACCUUCGAUGGCUACGCUUUUGACUUCCAGACCAGCUGCCCACUCAUCCUGUGCACCACGGGAAGCAGGCCGAGCGCAGAGUCAGUCCCCAAGUUUAUUGUCACGGCCAAGAACGAGGACCGGGACCCAUCACUGGCCUUGUGGGUCAAGCAGGUGGACGUGACCGUGUUUGGCUACAGCAUAGUGAUUCACAGGGCCUACAAGCACACUGUGCUGGUCAACAAUGAACGGCUGUAUCUCCCUUUGAAACUGGGUCAAGGGAAGAUAAAUAUCUUUUCCUUUGGCUUCCACGUGGUGGUGGAGACAGAUUUUGGCCUGAAGGUCGUGUAUGACUGGAAGACCUUCCUGUCAAUCACAGUCCCACGGACCAUGCAGAACGGCACCUCCGGUUUGUGUGGCCGCUAUAACGGCAACCCCGACGACGACCUGGAGAUGCCCAUGGGGCUGCUUGCAUCCAGCAUCAAUGAGUUUGGGCAGAGCUGGGUGAAGAGGGACACCUUCUGCCAGGUGGGCUGUGGGGACCGCUGCCCCUCCUGUGCCAAGGUGGAAGGCUUCUCCAAGGUGCAGCAGCUGUGCAGCCUGAUCCCCAACCAGAACGCGGGCUUCACCAAGUGUCACAGCAAAGUCAACCCCACCUUCUUCUACAAGAACUGCCUGUUUGACUCCUGCAUCGAUGGAGGCGCGGUGCAGACGGCCUGCAGCUGGCUGCAGAACUAUGCCAGCACCUGCCAGACACAGGGGAUCGCCGUGACCGGCUGGAGGAAUUACACAUCCUGCUCCGUCACCUGCCCGCCCCACAGCCACUACGAGAGCUGCGUGAGCGUGUGCCAACCGCGCUGCGCCGCCAUCCGCCUCAAGAGCGACUGCAACCACUACUGCGUGGAGGGCUGCCAGUGCGACGCGGGCUACGUGCUCAACGGCAAGAGCUGCAUCCUGCUGCACAGCUGCGGCUGCUACGCGGACGGCCAGUAUCAUGCUCCCAAGCAGCUGUUCUGGAACAGCGACUGCACCCGGCGUUGCCGCUGCUUCCGGCGCAACCUGAUCCAGUGCGACCCGCGCCAGUGCAAGUCUGACGAGGAGUGCGCGCUGCGCAACGGCGUGCGCGGCUGCUUCAGCACCAGGACCUCCUACUGCCUGGCGGCUGGCGGCGGCGUCUUCCGCACCUUCGACGGCGCCUUCCUGCGCUUCCCUGCCAACUGCGCCUUCGUGCUCUCCACCAUCUGCCAGAAGCUGCCCGACAUCUCCUUCCAGCUCAUCAUCAACUUCGACAAGUGGUCGUCCCCCAACCUCACCAUCAUCUCGCCCGUCUACUUCUACAUCAACGAGGAGCAGAUUCUCAUCAGCGACCGCAACACCGUCAAGGUGAACGGCACACAAGUGAAUGUCCCUUUUAUAACCGGGUUGGCAACCAAAAUCUACAGCAGCGAAGGGUUCCUGGUGAUUGACACCAGCCCCGACAUCCAGAUAUACUACAACGGCUUCAACGUCAUAAAAAUCAGCAUCAGCGAGAGGCUGCAGAACAAAGUGUGUGGCCUCUGUGGCAACUUCAAUGGGGACUUAACUGACGACUACGUAACCCUGCGGGGGAAGCCAGUGGUGAGCAGUGUGGUGCUGGCCCAGAGCUGGAAAACCAAUGGCAUGCAGAAGCGCCCCCUCGCCUGCAGCUGCAACGAGCUGCAGUUCUCGCAGUAUGCGGCCGCCUGUGACAACGUGCACAUCCAGAGGCUGCAGGGUGAGGGCUACUGCCUGAAGCUCACGGACAUGAAGGGCUUCUUCCAGCCCUGCUACGGGCUGCUCGACCCGCUGCCCUUCUACGAGUCCUGCUACCUGGACGGCUGCUACAACCACCGGAAGCUGCAGCUGUGCGGCUCGCUGGCCGCCUACGGGGAGUCCUGCCGCUCCUUGGGGAUCCUCAGCACCGAGUGGAUCGAGAAGGAGAAUUGCUCAGGAGUGGUGGACGAUCCCUGCGUGGGGGCUGACUGUCCCAACCGGACCUGUGAGCUGGACAACGGCGGGGAGCUGUGUGGCUGCAUCGAGCCUCCCCCCUACGGGAACAACUCGCACGAUAUCAUCGACGCGGAGGUGACCUGCAAGGCAUCCCAGAUGGAGGUGUCCAUCUCCAAGUGCAAACUCUUCCAGCUCGGCUUCGAGAGAGAGGGCGUGAGGGUCAAUGACAGGCAGUGCACGGGCAUCGAAGGGGAAGACUUCAUCUCCUUUCAGAUCAACAACACCAAAGGCAACUGCGGGAACAUCGUGCAGUCCAAUGGCACUCACAUCAUGUACAAGAACACAAUCUGGAUAGAAAGCGCCAACAACACGGGCAACAUCAUCACCAGGGACCGGACCAUCAACGUGGAGUUCUCGUGUGCUUAUGAGCUGGACAUCAAGAUCUCCUUGGACUCGGUGGUGAAGCCCAUGCUGAGUGUCAUUAACCUGACCGUUCCAACCCAAGAGGGCAGCUUCACCACCAAGAUGGCGCUCUACAAAAACGCCUCCUACAAGCACCCGUACCGCCAGGGCGAGGUGGUGCUGACCACGCGAGACGUGCUGUACGUCGGGGUCUUUGUGGUCGGAGCUGAUGCCACCCAUUUGAUCCUGACGCUGAACAAGUGCUAUGCCACACCCUCACGCGACAGCAAUGACAAGCUCCGAUACUUCAUCAUUGAAGAAGGGUGUCAGAACAUUAAAGACAACACCAUUGGCAUCGAGGAGAACGGGGUCUCCCUCACCUGCCGCUUUCACGUCACAGUCUUCAAGUUCAUCGGGGAUUACGAUGAAGUCCAUCUUCACUGCGCAGUGUCACUCUGCGAUUCGGAGAAGUACUCCUGCAAAAUAAAUUGCCCACAAAAUUCCAGGAUUGCCACAGAAUAUACCAAAGAACCUAAAGAACAGAUCAUAUCAGUGGGACCCAUUAGGAGAAAAAGGCUGGACUGGUGUGAGGACAACGGAGGGUGUGAGCAGAUCUGCACCAGCCGGGUGGAGGGGCCCCUGUGCAGCUGUGUGACGGGCACCCUGCAAGAGGACGGCAAGAGCUGCCGAGCCUCUAAUUCUUCCACUGAGCGUCAAGUCUGGACACUGCUUCUCGUCAUGACCCAGAUUUCAUUAUGGCAUUUUGUGUAUAAAUCAGUCACGACCUCAUAAUUAACUCAAGGUUGCUAUAUGAAGUACUGUAAUUUACGUUUUUCCAUUCCCUGUAGAAUAAAAGGUGUGUGCCCUUAACUCAAAACCUAUUUCAAAGUGUCCAGAAUCUCAACAGGAUGCCACCUGCCUCAAAUGAUCAGAGAUCUGGAGAUGAGUGAAAUUGCAAACUCCUCUUUCAAAGUACACAAUGGGGCUUCCAAAGCCAGUUGUGGAAAGCAUAUAUCUUGGUAAAAAUUUUCAAACAGUUGUCACUAGAAACUGAUUCACUCAAAUAAUCAAUAAAGGACAAGAUUCUGGUUAGAAACGUCUGACUGGAAUCUGAACAGAGAAUCUGUCCAGCCCGUGCUGUUUCCAGAUCAUAGGUUUUACGAAGAGGGAACAAUGUGGAGAAGCAACGACUGGGGGACUGACUCCCUCUGAAGACUCUUUCUCAGUUUGCAAGUGUCUGAUCUCUGACCUGCGUGUUGCUUCCUUUCUGUAUGACGAGCUCCUUCCCUACCCUCGUGUCCUCUAACCUCGCCAUGAGCCUGGUCACUGGUAUGUUGUUUGCAGACCUUGGGAGCCCUACCCACUUCCAUUCCCUCAGACCCAAUUCCUUCUCUUUUUAUAAAUCAACCAAAUAAUUUUUUAAUGUGUUUUAUGCUUAAAUAAACUUUGUGUUCAGUAUUCUCGUUA